AUGCAGGAACUUGUAAUUGAUUCGUAUCCGUAUGCAAAAUCACUUCCGUAUUCGAAAGAUAUGGUUGGAAAGUCUAGAGAUAUAGCUGUAGGAACUAAGAAAUUUCGUUAUCUGAUUAGGUCUACGAAGAGAUUCGGUCCAGAUGAGAAGAGGUUUGAGCACUUGGCAUUCUUGAAUUUGGCUCAAAGCGUAGUCUGCUUGGUCUGGUCUUAUAUAAUGAUUAAGCUCUGGUCAAAUGCAAGUAACGGUGGAGCACCAUGGUGGACGUACUGGAGUGCUGGCAUUACUAAUACGAUUGGUCCUGCCAUGGGAAUCGAAGCCUUGAAGUAUAUCAGUUAUCCGGCUCAGGUCCUCGCAAAAUCUUCAAAGAUGAUUCCAGUUAUGCUGAUGGGAACUUUGGUUUACGGAAUAAGAUACACUUUCCCUGAAUACAUUUGCACCUUCUUAGUCGCGGGAGGAGUAGCCGUCUUUGCUCUUCUUAAGACAAGCUCUAAGACAAUUAGCAAGCUAGCACAUCCAAAUGCUCCCCUUGGUUACGCACUUUGCUUCCUAAAUCUCGCCUUUGACGGAUUCACAAACGCCACCCAAGACUCCAUUGCCUCUAGGUACCCGAAAACCGAAGCAUGGGACAUAAUGUUGGGAAUGAACUUAUGGGGAACAAUAUACAACUUGAUCUACAUGUUUGGAUUACCACAAGGGAUCGGAUUCAAAGCAAUUCAGUUCUGCAAGCUACACCCGGAAGCAGCAUGGGACAUUCUAAAAUACUGUCUAUGCGGCGCCGUGGGACAAAACUUCAUCUUCAUGACAAUAAGCAACUUCGGGUCACUAGCUAACACGACCAUAACCACAACUAGGAAGUUUGUUAGCAUUGUUGUUUCAUCGGUAAUGAGCGGAAAUCCAUUGUCGUUGAAGCAAUGGGGAUGUGUUUCAAUGGUGUUUGGUGGUUUGUCGUAUCAGAUUUAUCUUAAAUGGAGAAAGUCUGAAAGAGUAGAGAAGAAGAAGCAAAAGAGUUGA